AUGCGAGAUGAUGAAUCUCUAUCUGGUUAUCUUACAAGGCUGAAUGAAUUGAUUAAUCAGAUGAAAACAUUUGAUGAAUCUUUUUCUAAUGAGAGACUUGUGCAAAAAGUUCUGAUUAGUCUAAGUAAACUGUAUGAUCCUAUCUGUUUGGUUAUAGAAAAUACAAAAUGUUUGGAGACUGUAGAAUUGCAGGAGGUAAUUGCAAUCUUAAAGAGCCAAGAACAACGGUUUGAUCUGCAUAUUGUUGAUACCACUGGGAAGGCAUUUACAUCUAUUUUAGUGAGUCCAAUAGGGCAAAAUAGAAGUGGAGCUCAAUCUGGUCCAUCUCAGUUCCAGAAGAAUUGGAAUUCUAAGGGCAAGAAAUGGGAUUUAAAACCCAAGUUUCAGCAGAAAUUUCCUGCUAGUCCUGCACAAAAUGCACAAUAUAAGGGGAAGCCUAAAUGCUACAACUGUGAAAAGUUUGGACACUGGGCUAGGGAGUGCACUGCAAGCAAAUCAGUGCAAAAUGCAAACAGUGUUAAUCAAGUAGAGGUGAUAGGGAACUUAUUCUAUGCCAAUAGCACUAUCUCUGAAUCAGUUGUCAAUGGUGAAUGGUAUAUUGACAGUGAUUGCAACAACCACAUGACUGGAAAUGAGAAGCUACUGGUUGAUAUAAGAACAAAUAUGGUAGGCAAAGUACAAAUGCCAACUGGUGAGCUUAUGAAUAUAGUUGGAAUGGGCACUCUAGUAAUUGAUACUAGUAAGGGCAGAAAAUACAUCAAAGAAGUAAUGUAUCUACCUGGGUUGAAAGAGAACUUACUAAGUGUAGGACAGAUGAAUGAGCAUAGAUGUUAUCCUUUAGCACUAUUACCUGAUGAUCAUAUAGCCCUGAAAACAAGUUUAUCUCACUCUACUUGGACCUGGCACAAAAGGCUAGGCCAUCUGCAUCUAAGGGGGAUAAAACAACUCAAAGAGAAGAAAAUGGUGCAUGGACUUCCAUACUUAGAAGAAGUUGAUGAAGUCUCUGAGAAUUAUGUAACUGUGCUCAAUCAUGAUGAGUUAUCUGAAAUGCCUAAGGAUACAUCACCAAGGGCAACUCCUGAAGGUCAAAACUAUGCUCAGUCACCAAGCUUAUUAUCUUCUCAUGAAUCAACAAGUGAUGUGAGUAGCAGCAUGAGAAAGUCUCAAGCCUUUGAUCACUCUCCAUUGAGAUGGAGGAACCUGGAUGAUGUUCUAGCUCAAUGCAAUUUCUCCAUUAUGGAACCUAAAAAGUUUGAUGAGGCAACUAAAGAUGAAUCAUGGAUGAAGGCUAUGAAAGAUGAAUUGUCAAUGAUUGAAAAGCAUGCAACAUGGGAGCUAGUAGACAGGCCAAGUGAUAAACCUAUAAUUGAGGUUAAGUAG